AUCCAAUUGCUACGAAGAACGCUCGGCUGCGAGUUGUUGCGUGAAUUUCUCCAUAAUUAAUUGAUAAAACAUUCUCAAACCCACAGUAAUCGACGGAUUUGUGACUAUAUUUCCCAUACCCAUUGCACGGCAGCGAGUGUCUUUCUUUCCGAGCAACCUAAUCAUUCUGCCGACCACAAAGACACAGCCCGACUUCAAGAAUGGCUGGCGCUAUGCUGUUCGAUCGUGCCCAAUCGCACUCACUUAACAGGCUGGAUAUGACAAAUUUUGCCCGUGAUCUCGAGGUCGACGAGAAUGAUGAGGAACAGAUCCGACAGAAGGAACAGAAAAUUCUGGAACUCGGCGAAACGUACAAGAAGGAGGGCAAGGCCAAAGAGCUGGCCGACCUGAUCAAAGUGACCCGUCCGUUCCUUAGCUUCCUCAGCAAGGCGAAAGCGGCCAAGCUGGUGCGUUCGCUAGUUGAUCUGUUUCUAGAUUUGGAGGCCGAAACUGGCAUCGAAGUGCAGCUGUGCAAAGAAUGCAUCGAGUGGGCCAAGCAAGAGAAGCGCACGUUCCUGCGGCAAUCGCUUGAGGCGAGACUAAUUGCGCUCUAUUUCGACACGGGCAUGUACACGGAAGCGCUCAACCUUGGUAGCCAGUUACUGAAGGAGCUUAAGAAAUUGGACGACAAAAAUCUGCUCGUCGAGGUGCAACUUCUGGAAAGCAAAACGUACCAUGCUCUGAGCAAUCUGCCGAAGGCUCGUGCCGCUCUCACUUCCGCUCGCACCACAGCAAACGCAAUCUACUGCGCCCCGAAAGUUCAGGCCACGCUGGAUCUACAAUCGGGCAUUCUUCACGCGGCUGAUGAGCGCGAUUUCAAAACCGCCUUUUCGUACUUUUAUGAAGCAUUCGAGGGCUUCGAUUCCGUUCAGAGCAGCAAGGCACUGACUGCAUUGAAAUAUAUGUUGCUGUGCAAAAUUAUGCUCGGCCAGUCAGAUGACGUGAAUCAGAUCGUCAGUGGCAAAUUGGCCAUAACGUAUUCUGGACGCGACAUUGAUGCUAUGAAGGCAGUCGCAGAGGCAUCGCACAAACGCUCCCUUGCCGAUUUUCAGGAUGCGCUGAAGCAGUACAAGAAAGAGCUGGAAGACGAUGUGAUUGUAAAGGCGCAUCUAGGCACGCUUUACGAUACGAUGCUGGAGCAAAAUCUUUGCCGUAUCAUCGAACCAUACUCGCAAUGCGAAGUGAGCUUCAUUGCAGAACAGAUUGCCCUACCAAUCGCCCAGGUCGAGAAGAAGCUAUCACAGAUGAUUCUGGACAAAAAGUUCAGCGGUAUCCUCGACCAAGGCAUUGGGGUGCUGAUCGUGUUCGAGGAGACGCCGGUCGACAAAACCUAUGAGACUGCACUUGAGACGAUACAGCAUAUGGGCAAGGUCGUUGAUACGCUCUACCAAAAGGCAAAGAAGUUGACGUAAAACCGACAGCACGUCGUUUUCUAUGGGUGCACUGUCAGCCGGUUAAAGCGAAACUAGCACGUGGUUCCCACCGCGUGCUGCUGGCGGUGGUAAACUUUAGCACAUAAUCCAAACAAAUUAAUUUGUCAACCUUCCAAUCUCCAAUUCUUGUUGCUUUUCCGACUUAAAAAAUUCGUUGACUAAUCUCCACGUAUCAGAAAGCCCUGGAAUCAAUCGUUCAGUUUCGUUGUCUCAACUUCACAUACUAGAUAAUGAGGUAUAUGAAAGAGAUGGGUUUAUUUGUCUUUAGUUGCGUUAGAUUCUUUGUGUUUAAUUACAAACACCGCGGUUCACUGGCACAAGUAUCAAAACAGUUAAUGAAGGCAAAUCAAUCCAUCUUCUGCAUUAAUGGUGUUGAAGCUUCGAUUGUAUUUCUACUCAAAAGACUUGUACAACCCCAUUAUAGAACCGAAUCAUGCAGCGAUGCUACGAAUAAAUUAUUUCUUGGAAAUUGCGA